AAAGAUCUGAUUGAUUCAGAAAGUUAACGCAACGUGUGGAUGCCCCUUCUCUUCCUAUCCAAGGAUGCCAGCACAGCUGAAGGACUUAAAAGAAAACAGACUGAGGUCUCCCAAAGAAGAGGAAAUGCUACCAGAAGACUCCCUCUGCACUCAAGUCACAACAGCAACUGUUCUCCGGGUCUCCAGCCUGCCAGCCUACCCUGCAGAUUUUGGACUUGCCCACUGGUGCAAUCACGUUCCAGGUGCCUUCCAGCCCUGAGAUUCCGGUCUUUUCACCAUCAUCACUGGCACCAGAUUGCUCAACCCGCUCCGCCCACAAACAGGAAAAGAAGGGCGAAGAAGCUCUCCGGAGCGGGCGGGCGGCGGGCCGGUCUGCGGCGCGGGCCUCGCGGCCGGGCGGCGGAGAAGAUGCUGCAGUCCCUGGCCGGCAGCUCGUGCGUGCGCCUGGUGGAGCGGCACCGCUCGGCCUGGUGCUUCGGCUUCCUGGUGCUCGGCUACCUGCUCUACCUGGUCUUCGGCGCUGUGGUCUUCUCGUCGGUGGAGCUGCCCUACGAGGACCUGCUGCGCCAGGAGCUGCGCAAGCUGAAGCGGCGCUUCCUGGAGGAGCACGAGUGCCUGUCCGAGCCGCAGCUCGAGCAGUUCCUGGGCCGGGUGCUGGAGGCCAGCAACUAUGGCGUGUCGGUGCUCAGCAACGCCUCGGGCAACUGGAACUGGGACUUCACCUCCGCGCUCUUCUUCGCCAGCACCGUGCUCUCCACCACAGGUUAUGGCCACACUGUGCCCCUGUCCGACGGGGGCAAGGCCUUCUGCAUCAUCUACUCGGUCAUCGGCAUCCCUUUCACCCUCCUGUUCCUGACAGCAGUGGUCCAGCGUGUCACCAUCCAUGUCACCCGCAGGCCAGUCCUCUACUUCCACGUCCGCUGGGGCUUCUCCAAGCAGGCGGUGGCCAUCGUGCACGCUGUCCUUCUCGGCGUGAUCACUGUGUCCUGCUUCUUCUUCAUCCCGGCCGCGGUGUUCUCCCUCCUAGAGGAUGACUGGAACUUCCUGGAAUCCUUUUACUUCUGCUUCAUCUCCCUGAGCACCAUUGGCCUCGGGGAUUAUGUUCCCGGAGAGGGCUAUAAUCAAAAAUUCAGGGAGCUCUACAAGAUUGGGAUCACGUGUUACCUGCUUCUUGGUCUUAUUGCCAUGUUGGUGGUUCUGGAAACCUUCUGUGAGCUCCACGAGCUGAAGAAGUUCAGAAAAAUGUUCUAUGUGAAGAAAGACAAGGAGGAGGAUCAAGUGCACAUCAUAGAGCACGACCAGAUGUCCUUCUCCUCCAUCACGGACCAAGCGGCCAGCGUGAAGGAGGACCAGAAGCAGGAUGAGCCUUUUGUGCCCCCCCAGUCACCGGCCUUUGCCGACGGUGCCGCGAACCAGUAGGCUUAGGGCUUUGCCGCGCCGUCCCAGAGCGCAGGCUCCGGGCAGUGGGCGGAGGCUUCACUUUGCUCAUUUUGAUGAGUAUGUAAAAGCCAAGGUGACAUUUUAACAAAUAUCUACUGUCUGCAAGAUUUUUUGCAUAAUGGAGCAAAGGAAGCUUUUUCUCUGGAGGACUGUCUUAAAUCCGAGAAAAUGGGGUCUGUACCCGUCAUUCAUAUGUGACAAAAUUAUCUCGACUUUACUAAUAGGUGAACAACACUUGAAGCAGGGUGCCUCUGUGGAGAGAAGCAGAUUUUAUACUUUUCGUUGGGGACUUUGGGAUUUGCAUUUAAAUCAUUUAGCUGAUGGUUAAAUGGCAACAUUUAUAUUUAAAAGCAAAAAAGAAAAGCAUAGAGAUGUGUCUUACAAAUAAGUUUAUGUGUACUGGUUUGCAUGUGCCCAUCUAAAAUCAUUAUUUUUGUAGACUCUAAGUUAAACCUACUAUUUAUAAUGACUAGAUAACCAUUAACUGUGUACAUAUAAAGUAUAAAUAUGUUUAUAUCCUGUACAUACGGUUUAGGUCACCGGAUCCCAGCACACUUCUUAACCCAAGACUGUAGAGAUUUUCCCUUUUGAUUUCUCUUUAUACUGAAGAAUCAAAAGUUGCUGCAAUAAAAUAAGGGGAAUAACACACUUAAGAAUGAAUUACUUUAGUAUUCUGCUACAAUAAAUGUUUCUACCCUCUCGCA